AUUUAAACUCAAAAGCCCUCCAUUUCUUACUAAUUUCUGAAAUUCCCUUAGAUGGCACCAAAGGCAGAGAAGAAGGCCCAUGCUGCCGUCGCUGAGAAAUCAAAGGCCGGCAAGAAGCUGCCUAAGGACGGCGGCGCCGCUGCUGCCAGAGACAAGAAGAAGAAGAGGUCGAAGAAGUCAAUCGAGACUUACAAGAUCUACAUCUUCAAGGUGUUGAAACAGGUUCAUCCAGAUAUAGGGAUAUCAAGCAAGGCUAUGGGUAUCAUGAACAGCUUCAUCAACGAUAUCUUCGAGAAGCUUGCUCAGGAAUCUUCUAAGCUUGCUAGGUACAACAAAAAGCCCACCAUCACUUCUCGGGAGAUUCAGACUGCUGUACGAUUGGUCCUUCCCGGUGAAUUGGCUAAGCAUGCCGUUUCUGAGGGUACUAAGGCGGUUACCAAAUUCACUAGCUCUUAGAUAUGUGUUCAGUUUUGUAUUGAUUUUUCUGUUGGGUUUAUGAUUUCAGUUAGCGUUUUGGAGAUGUAAAGAACGGAAAAAUUGAAUAUAAAAUAGAUUCGAUACAACUCUUGAUAAUUGA